UUUGAGAUUGCUUUUGAGGGAGUCUGUAGUUUACGGGAUCUUGGAGUUGUUAAAACAAAUAAGGAGAAACCCCUUAACCGAGAUCAGAUUAGGAAUAAUAUAGAAAAGCUGAAAAGAAAACUUUACAGAGAUACAAGCCCCCUCUAUCAACAUUUAUACUCCGGCGUGAAUAAGAUAUGUGUCGAAGAAUUAUCCUGGGAAGACCCUAUGGCAAGCCAGGUUAUCAGCGACAAUUCAGAUCUCGUGAAGAAUCUCUUUAGGAACUUAAAAAAGGGAUUUAUGAAAAUUGCUCAUAAUAUGGUACCAAAUCCCAGGUCAAUACUUCAAGAGAUAUGUAUGAAAUUCAUAGAAGAUUUUAAAAGACGUGACGAAAGAUCAAAGCCAAAAUAG